GUCGAAACCGCUUGCAAUGCAUUGUUGUUAACAUGAACUAUUUCCAAAUAGUGCUGUGAGUGGCUAAGCUAGCUGCUUGUCAGGCAAUAAGCUUGACAUUUUUCACACCGGAUUGCCAGCAUUGUUACUCUGUUUUAUUUUUCUGAUAUUUUAAACGCUGCUGUUAUCAACUCGACGUUAUUCAGCUGAGCUAAUGCUAGUGAGGUAGCCACCAAGUUCGGCUACAGGCUAUUUAGUUAGCUGUUUCUAGUGUGCUAGCUAGUUUGCUAAUUUAGCAGUUAAUUGUUUCAUAUAGUAUUGUUGAGAAAAACAUUUUUUUUUGCCAUGCCAGUGCGUUGUUUUGGUCUGUUUGAACUUCUCGCCUGUGUUAGAAAGAUAACGGUUGGUCAAAAGUUUUCUGGCUACUAAUGUUUGUGUUUAACGUGGUCCAUUCAGCUGUUUAUUGAAUUUUUUUUUUUUAGUUUUAGGUCGCUAACGCUAGUUGACAGUUGAGUAGAAAAGCCGUCUAGAUGGCAGACGUGUUUCUUUUUUUUAUUUCUCAGUCUGUCAGCAUUAGCUAAUGAGAAAACCCCGAGUUAGAAACUGCGUAUGGUUUGGUUAGUUGGCCUUUUAAAAUGACCAACAAGAUCCUUUGGUUAGUUUUCUGUUAAACCCGGUAUGAUUUGUUUAACUCUGAUCUGCUACCGAUAAAGAUCUGUUAAGUCACUCGGUGAAGUUGAGAAGGAAAGAAAGAUGAGUGAGCUGAUCACACGGCUAGUCUUGGCUUUGUGUGGCUCUGGAAGAGGAAGAUGACAGUGUAGGAAGAAGGGUGAUGAGCUGAUUGAGAGUCGACCAGAACAAUCCUCGGAGACUGCUCGAAAAUGCCCAGAAGAAAACAGUCAAAUCCACAGCCUGUCAAAUUAGGGUCUGAAGAUGCUGUUGGGGUUGGGAAUCCGGAGAGUUUGGUUCUGGAGAGUGAUUUCCUCCUCGAACAGGAUUUUGGAGAGAAUGACUACAAGAUCAUUGGAUUUGAGAGAGACUCUGAUUCGGUAACUGCUGACAUGGGAAUUCCAGCGUACGCCUUCAGUGAUGAGGACUGCUCCAGUUACAACCGCCUCAGCAUGGAAAGUGAUUUUGAGGACCCCCGAGACACUGAGAGUGAACGGGAGGAGAUGGGCGGAGACUCAGCCUUUGCCCCAUACCUCUCGUGCAGGCAGUGUGGCCAGCUUCUUGGUGAUCCCCUUAGUGGGGCCCUAGAUGUAGCAGGACUCUACUGCCUUCAGUGUGGUGGUGAAGAGAGGGGAGCAGAACAGAAACAUGAACAGGGAAAGGAGGCUGUGUCUGCUCAGGGCGCCCAGCAGAAAGGACACAGAGUGAAAUCUACCACCAACUCCUACAAAUCUUACUCGUGUAAGCUGUGCAGCUUUACUUCGCGCUACUCCAACCAUCUGAAGCGGCACAUGAAAACACACAAUGGCGAGAAGCCGUACCAGUGCCAGCACUGCACCUACGCGUCAUCUCAACUGGUUAACUUACAGAGACAUGUGCGUACGCACACUGGAGAGAAACCAUACAAGUGUGAUUACUGUACAUUCGCCUGCAACUCCCUAGGCAACCUAAAGAGGCAUCGACGCAUGCACACUCAGGAGAAGCCCAACAAGUGUUGCCAAUGUGAAUACCGGGCAAGUAGCAGCCACACCCUAAAACGACAUAUGAUGGUACAUAAGACAGAUGCAUCCACAGCUGUGAUGGAAGAGAGUGUCGAGUCUGAUCUGAGUCUGCACAUUAGUGCUGAUCCAGACUUCCUGCAAAGUAUUGGGAGCCUGCAUGCUGAUCGUCACCCCCCCAGUCUGCUGGAGGCCGAGGCACUCGGCCAGGAGACGGAGCCCAUGGCCGAGCUUCUUUUCCCCUUCACGUGUCGCGUGUGUGGCUCGGCACUGGAGGAUGAGGAAGCGGAGGCUAUGCACAUCUGUAACAAGUGCACUCUGGAUAUGCUAGCUAAGAGCUCUCCAUCUAGCCCAGAGAAAGGAGACAAGCUUUUUUCAUGCACUUCAUGCUCUUUCAUCACACAGUACCCCAAUCAUCUGGUGCGGCACAUGAAGACUCACAGCGGGGAAAAGCCUUACAAAUGUCCACAGUGCAACUACGCCUCAGCUCAUUUCGACAACCUGAAAAGGCACCACCGCGUACACACAGGUGAAAAGCCCUACAAGUGCCACCUGUGUGACUAUGCUUGCGGAAACCUGGCUAACCUGAAGCGACACGAACGCAUCCACUCGGGUGCCAAGCCCUUCCAGUGUACUGUGUGCAGCUACAGCUGUAACCAGAGCAUGAACCUGAAACGCCACAUGCUGCGGCACACUGGCGAGAAACCGUUCAAGUGCCAGGAGUGUGCCUACACCACAGGCCACUGGGACAACUACAAACGGCACCAAAAAAAGCACGGCCACGCCUCUGAAGGGUGGAUGAAGUUGCCAUUGCCGGAGAAGGAAGAGGAAGAGGAGGAAGGCGAGAUGUAGCGGGUGCUUUUUUUUUUUAAUGGCGCUCUUCUCUCGUGCUCUUAAUACCUAGCAGAUGUUGCCUUACUGUUUUAAUAUUGCAAAGGUGCAUAUGGCAAGAGUGUCAUUUUAUGUUUGACCCCUUCAUUCAAAUUUUGUUUGUCUUCGAAUGCAGAUAAUAGUAAGGACCGUAGUAAGACCACCGAUAAAUCUUUUUAUCAUCAUGCUGAACAAAUUCAUCAGAGAAGUAAGAAUAUCACUGCAAGCAUGCAUAGGAAUUGACACAAUUAAGUUAUGUCUAAUCUGACAAACCAUUCAUAUCUGCUUUGAAAAGCAAUUGAUUUUUUAACUUUAGACAGAGAGCUGGACAUUUGUGGUUCUAUAUCUGUGACUAAAGCUCAUCUGAUGAAGCUGACUUCAAGGCUAAACGUUUAACACCUCCAUUCUUAUCAAUUUUGAUUUACUGAGCGAAAGAGUGUUGCAAUAAAGCCAAUGAGUCAUCCUUUUCGAGGUUGAUACUAUUUUUAUUUUAAAUUCUAUAUUGUGGAUUUGAUUACACUGAAAACCUCUGGUUGCUGCUAAAUUAUGUAGGAUGUACAAGUGUAUGUAGGUGCGUUUCUGAGUUUUACUGUAAAACUAUUGUCAGCUGCCCCUGCACCAAUGCUGCACUGGUGUGGGUGUGUACGUAUGUGUACACAGGGGAUCUUCUUGGCCCCUGGCACUCACCUUAUUUCCUAGGGAAGUAAGUAAGUGUGUGUGUGAGUGAGUGAGAGACUUUUUGUAAGUGACUUUCAGACAAUUUUUUUUUUUUCUAAUUAAGUUGUGAUGCCUACUGUGAAAUGUCAUGAAAAAUAAACCAAUGAAAAGGGAUAAA